AUGGUUACUCCUACCGAGUCGUUACACGAUCCGUAUCUGGUGGCGCUCUUGAUUGCCCUCGGCCAGCUACAAUGGAGGGCGUUGGGCCGGCCAAAAACUCAGCAGGCGGCUGGCGUGACGCCCAAGCUCAUGUUCAGCACCGAAGACCGCAAUUAUAUAUACAUAUAUUCAGCAAAUAUACCCUCGUCCCUCAUCAGCAUGUUCGACAACCCCGCCAUGAAGCCGUCGGCGCCCGGUUCCCUUACCGUUCAAAUCUCCUCUGUUCCCUAUAAGCCUGUUGAAACGCUUCGUGGUCGUCUCUUGGCGCUUCUCCUCUCGGCGACAAGCCCUGAGGACGUGGACAAGCCGGAAAAGUUGAUCGUGUAUACCUAG